CUGAAUCUCGUGGGGUGAAGGUUCGCAUUAACAUGUGGUGAGACAUGGCUGCGCCCUGGUUGUGUUGAGGAGGAAUAUUGAAUUAAGGAGAGUUACCACUGGAUUUGUUUAUGUUUUGAAGGAACUACAAGAGCACAUGAACAAAACAUGUCGCUGAAAGACACCGGUCAAGGCCAGCCCAUGUCCAGAGGCGCCCUUAUGGAAAUGCUCUCCAAAAAAAUCGAAAGGUUACCAGAAUUUGACAGAAAAUUCUUUGUAUAUGGCCCGAUCUAUUUAGGUGGCAAUGCCGCCUUUGCUGGUUUGAUUGCAAAUAGUUUUUAUCGACGUGCACUCAAUGUCACUCAAGGAAGAUUUACCUCAAGUCUUCCAAUGGCAGUUCUCCCUUUUCUGACAACUGUGGCAUUAUACACUGCAGCUGUCAGCAAUCCUUUGUUAUCAGGAGACCUGAACUGCCCAACUUGUGCCCUGAUUAGAGGUGCUUUAGUGGGUGUGGUUGGUGGUGGUGUAUACCCCAUUUUGUUGGCAUUACCUGUAAACGCUGGACUUGCAGCCAGGUACAACAGCACUCCAAUGCCAGAGAAGGGAAACAUACUACGUUUCUGGAAGAAUCUGAGCAAACCCAUUGUGCAGAAAAUGUAUGCCAUACUGCUACUACAGGCUCUGUUUGGUACUUACCUAAGUUCCAAGCACUUUGAUAUUUAUCUGAAGCUGCUUAAAUUACCAGAUUCAGAGAGUGAGGAGCUUCAUGACUAAGCCAUUAAGCCAGGAUAGUAGAAUAUGAGUUAGCCAGAUAAUUUAAGCCCAAUUUAGAGAAUGGUCCAACAAGAAUGUCCCUCAGCCUUUUUCCUUAGACAGGCUUGGCCUCGGGCUUAAGUUUCCUGGCGAAACUCAGGAAUCCAGCUUUGUAACACAUCAGAACUUAAGAAUUGUAUGCAAGAAAUGCUGUAGUUUGUUUUUGAUACCAUUAUUAACCAUUGAAACAUUAAAAUGUGUGAUCUCCAUUUCCCCUCCUUAAAUAUGCCAUUUUGUUAAGUGUGUAAUCUUGUACUAAACUGCAAUGCUUCAUCAUAAAAAAAUAUUUAUAGGUUUAGACUCCAUUUGGGUCACGAAAAGUAGUCCCUUUUCAGUUCCCCAUCUACAUAUGUGGUACUCACACAAUCCCUGAACCAAAAUCAGCAACCACACCUACAAGUAGGAACUAAAUGAAAUCCAAAAGACAUUUAAUGAGUUAUAUUUACUUUUCAGUUACUGUUAUGCUGGAUCAAUAUGAAAUUGUCGUCAUGGCCCUCAACAUUUUCUUUCCUUGUGAUGCAAGCUUCAAUCUAUACUGUACCUGCAGUUUUCUCUAACAUGAUACAGCAACACCUAGAAAUGUUUAGUAAACAAAAAUGGAUUCAGGUUUCAGAUGACUUAUAAAACCAGUGCAAAUUU